AUGGCUUCUAACAGAGAAUAUGACUUGGUCCUUCUGGGCCCUACGGGCUAUACUGGGAAAUUCUGCGCCGAGCAUAUUGUGAAGAACCAUCCUACUGAUCUGAAAUGGGCUGUGGCAGGCCGCUCGGUAAACAAGAUUGAGCCUAUUGUUCAGGAACUGAAAGCACUCAAUCUAGAUCGCCGUGCGCCAGAUGUCCUCCCUGUCCAAUUGAAUUCUGCAGAGCUAAGCGAGCUUGCUCAAAAGACAAGACUGAUCAUCAAUUGCAUUGGCCCUUACCACCUUUACUCAACUCCUGUUGUGGAAGCUUGCGCAAACAAUGGGACUCACUACUUGGACGUGACUGGUGAAACACCCUGGAUCAAGCUGCUGAUUGACAAGUAUCAUGAGACGGCUAAAGCUAAUGGUGCCAUUAUAAUUCCAGCUGUCGGUCUGGAGAGCGCUGCACCCGAUAUUCUUGCGUGGUCUCUUGUCAAGCGAGUCCGCGAGGAUCUCUCGUCACAGACCCGUGAGAUUAUCAGCUGCCUUAAAGAUAUCAAAUCCUCGGGGCCCAGUGGCGGCUCUCUCAACACCGUUCUUAGCGUCUUCGACUGGCUCCCAACACGUGAACUUUUCAAAGCUAUGAGUCCAUUCUCGCUGACAGGAUCAGGACCAUUGAAGCAUGUUCCCAGUGACUCAAUAAUCACUAAGAUCUUCGGUGUACGCUCCAUUCCUGACUUGGGCACCCUUGCAACCUCACCAACCGGCAUGGCCGACAUGGCUAUCGUGUAUCGCAGCAGCACCCUUAUGCCUGAGCUGUACGGAAACCGCUUUGUCUUCCACCAGUUGCUUUAUGUCCGCAACUUCCUCGUUGGAAUGCUGUUCCACUUUGGCCUCAACCUUUUCCUGGCAUCUCUCAUCUUCCCGCCUGUGCGCUGGCUAGUGCGCAAGCUUGUCUUGGCUCCUGGUGUCGGUCCUAAGCUAGAGGACUCUCGCAAUGAUCGGGCGGAGCUCCACGCUAUCGCCACUGCGGAUCAGAAUAAGCCAAAUCCAACGCGCGUGUUUGGUAGGCUGUCAUAUGAAGGAACCAUGUACGUCUUUACUGCGGCGCUUGUGACAGAGGCGGCUAUGGUUGUUCUCAAUGGAGAGGACAAAGUCCGGAAGGUUUCUCGCGGUGGUAUCGUCACUCCUGCUACGUUGGGCCAAAGCUAUGUGGAUCGCCUGGACAAGGUCGGUGUCCGCAUUGAAACCAAGGUUUGGGAUGUCUAG